AUGCAGCCUAUAGUCAGUGAGAACGUCCUCAUCAACGGAAGCCGAAUUGCUUAUGGGAUAUACGGCACUGGACAGCCGGUUGUCCUCAUUCAUGGAACACCUUCAUCAUCACUCAUCUGGCGCAAUGUCGUCCCGCAGCUCACAACAGCUGGCUUCAAGGUCCAUGUGUUCGACCAACUAGGUUACGGAAUGUCAGAACGUCCAUGGGAUCCGCGCAUUGACACGUCAAUGACAGGCCAAGUUCCAAUGCUUGAAGGCUUACUCGAUCAUUGGGGACUUGAAACCUUUCACUUAGUGGCCCAUGAUAUUGGGGGCGGUAUCGCCCAGCGCUUUGGGGUCUUCAACCCUCACCGACUACGGUCGUUAACACUUGUCGAUGUCGUUAGCUUCGAUAGCUACCCUUCUAAACGAACCAGGGAGCAGAUGGCUACUGGACUUCAAGCGCUGUGUGAUACUGCCGAUGACGAUCACCGUUCGCAUUUCAAGGAGUGGCUACUUUCAGCAGUGUAUGAUAAGAAGUCUUUCACGGACACAAGCCUCAAUACAUUCUUGGAGUAUAUCUCCGGGCCCAUAGGUCAGGGCAGCCUGUUCCAACACCAAGUGCGACAUUACUACCCGAAGCAUACAAUGGAAAUUGCCAAUCGACUUCACGAACUCGGAAGGAUGCCUGUCAAUCUGGUGUGGGGGGCAGAUGAUGCCUGGCAAGUGGUGAACUGGGCUCAUAAACUUAAGAACGCGAUUCCGGGCGCUGAGCUAGAUAUACUUGAAGACUGCGGGCAUUUCUCACCAGAGGAUCAACCUGAAAAGCUUGCGAAAACUCUCAUUGCUUUUAUUCAGCGCCAUGAAAGUUCAUGA